UCCGAACAGAAUCGGAAGGUAAAAAGUGUUUGUUGGCAGAAAUCGAAACAAAGUGCUGCUCAGAUCUAAAUUGUAAUUAAUUUAUGUGGAAAGUUUGAGUAUUUUGUAGUUUAAGUUACCAUGUCCUCGCCGGAAACUAAACUGGAGCUGUACGAUGACUAUGCGUCGGCUACCGAAUCGAUGGAAGGUCAGAUGUCAGUUCCCUCAACUAGUCGGAAUACCACCGAUCCAGGGGCACCCAAUUUCAGCACACUGGAUGAACCCAUAAAAGACACAUUCCUCCGUGACGUAAAAGCAGUCGGUGUGAAGUUCUACCAUGUACUUAUACCGAAGGAGAAAAACACCCUACUGCGGGAUUGGGAUUUGUGGGGUCCGCUCAUCCUGUGCACCUUUAUGGCAACCAUUCUGCAGGGCUCGGCGGACGAUAUGAACGAUGGGGGUCCAGAGUUCGCGCAGGUGUUUGUGAUUGUCUGGAUCGGUGCUAUGAUUGUCACCCUGAACUCGAAACUGCUGGGAGGGAAUAUCUCUUUUUUCCAAUCGGUUUGUGUGCUCGGUUACUGCCUGACGCCCUGUGCCGCGGCGCUGAUUGUGUGUCGGAUUAUACUGGUGGCGGAGCAGACGGCGUUUCUGUUUUUCUUGCGGCUGGUCGUCUCGGCUCUUGGAUUUGGUUGGGCAACUUACGCAUCAAUCAUAUUCCUUGGUGACAGUCAACCUGCCAACCGGAAAGCCCUGGCGGUGUACCCAAUAUUCUUAUUCUACUUCAUCAUAUCCUGGCUAGUAGUGUCGCAUAGUAAUGUUUAAUCAUCGACUGGAUUGUUCAAGUGAGUGGAGUGAUAACUGAUUUUACUAGAUAGCUCUGUAAGUAAUGUACAUAUAUAAAAAAGCAUCAUUUCAAUUUGUGAAUCGACUGCGAAAUAGGCAAGCACACCCAAUGCAUUUUAGGGGCGUAGCAAAAUCUGUAGCUUAAAACAUUUGUCAAUGGAUGUAAAAUUAGUUAAUUCUGUGUCAGCAAUCAAUCUGUUUGUAAAAUAUUUCCAAUCCACUAUCAUGUGUUACAAUAGUAAGUAAUAAAAGAUUACCAAGGCACAGUAAA